UGUUCUGCCUCGCGGCCCCCGCCCCCUUGUGCACGGUCACGCUGAGCCAGCGCCCGGGCCUGGAAUCGGCUCCUAGUCGCCGCCGCGCCCUCCACCUCCUGCCCCCUGCGGAUCAUGGAUCCCCGCAAAGUGAGCGAGCUUCGGGCCUUCGUCAAGAUGUGUAAGCAGGACCCUAGCGUUCUGCACAGCGAGGAAAUGCGCUUCCUGAAGGAGUGGGUGGAGAGCAUGGGUGGUAAAAUACCUCCUGCUACUCAUAAAGCUAAAUCAGAAGAAAAUGCCAAGGAACAAAAACCAGAUAGCAAGAAGCCAGAGGAAGACUUAAAGACAGAUGAGCCAUCAAGUGAGGAAAGUGAUCUAGAAAUUGAUAAUGAAGGUGUGAUUGAACCAGACACUGAUGCCCCUCAGGAAAUGGGAGAUGAAAAUGUAGAGAUAACGGAAGAGAUGAUGGAUGAGGCCAAUGAGAAGAAAGUGGCUGCCAUUGAUGCCCUAAAUGAAGGUGAGCUGCAGAAAGCCAUUGACUUAUUCACAGAUGCCAUCAAACUGAAUCCUCGCUUAGCCAUUCUGUAUGCCAAGAGAGCCAGUGUCUUCAUCAAAUUACAGAAGCCAAAUGCUGCCAUUCGAGACUGUGACAGAGCCAUUGAAAUUAAUCCCGAUUCAGCUCAGCCAUAUAAGUGGCGUGGGAAAGCACACAGACUUCUGGGUCAUUGGGAAGAAGCAGCACAUGAUCUUGCCCUUGCUUGUAAACUGGACUAUGAUGAAGAUGCUAGUGCCAUGCUGAAAGAAGUUCAACCACGGGCCCAGAAAAUUGCAGAACAUCGGAGAAAGUAUGAAAGAAAACGUGAAGAGCGAGAGAUCAAAGAGAGGAUAGAGAGAGUUAAGAAGGCUCGGGAAGAACAUGAACGUGCCCAGAGGGAGGAAGAAGCCAGGCGACAGUCAGGAGCGCAAUAUGGUGCUUUUCCAGGUGGCUUUCCUGGAGGAAUGCCUGGAAAUUUUCCAGGAGGAAUGCCUGGAAUGGGAGGGGCCAUGCCUGGAAUGGCAGGAAUGCCUGGCCUCAAUGAGAUUCUUAGUGACCCAGAGGUUCUUGCAGCCAUGCAGGAUCCAGAAGUUAUGGUGGCCUUCCAGGAUGUGGCCCAGAAUCCAGCAAAUAUGUCAAAAUAUCAGAGUAAUCCCAAGGUUAUGAAUCUCAUCAGUAAAUUGUCAUCCAAAUUUGGAGGUCAAGCAUAAUGUCCUUUGACAAAUAAAACCCUUGCUGAUGGAAAAGCAACCUAAUCACUCAAUGGAUGUCUCAAUAAUACAAACCGGGGUACCUCUGAUUCCAUCAAGAAAGCUGGG